CAGCUGCCAUCAGAAAGUAGCCUCCUGCUCUAAACCCACUGUUUGCUGUUGCCACCAUGCCAAAGAAUAAAGGUAAAGGAGGCAAAAACAGGCGUAGGGGUAAAAAUGAAAAUGAAUCUGAGAAAAGAGAGCUCGUGUUUAAAGAGGAUGGGCAGGAGUAUGCGCAGGUAGUCAAGAUGCUGGGGAAUGGACGCUUAGAAGCCAUGUGCUUUGAUGGUGUGAGGCGGUUGUGCCAUAUCAGAGGAAAACUAAGGAAGAAAGUUUGGAUAAACACUUCAGACAUUAUAUUGAUUGGUCCACGAGACUAUCAAGAUAACAAAGCUGAUGUAAUUUUAAAGUAUAAUGCAGAUGAAGCUAGAAGUCUGAAGGCAUAUGGAGAACUUCCAGAGCAUGCCAAGAUCAAUGAAACGGAUGCAUUUGGUCCAGGAGAUGAUGAUGAAAUCCAGUUUGAUGAUAUUGGAGAUGACGAUGAAGACAUUGAUGAUAUCUAGCCUGUGCUGUAGUCCAUGUUUUCUGAAGUUAGGAUCUUGGCCUUCAACUGUUAAGAAUAAAACUCCAUUUAGCAUGGGAAUGGCUUGUUAUAGCAGGUUAAUAUGUUUUCUAAAAAUUAUUUGUUAAAGUCUCUUUGAAAACUGAAGAUGCUGAUACAUUUGAAAUGACACAUUAACACUGUUCUUUAGAUGUUAUGGAACUUGGCAGAAAAAACACUAAUUCCACUGUUAAAAGAAAGAAAAAAUGCCAUUCAUUUGUGACUACUUCAUUUCUAGCAAAUGAAUGUAUGCAUUAAUUGUCUUGUUAUUGUCAUGGUUUGCAGUAUACCAUAGUUGUUUAGAUUCUUUAUCUUCUAAUUUUCUGCAUGUUCUUUUGAGUCUUCUUCCAAUUUAAAAAUAACAUAAAUCUGCAUCUGGAGUCAGAAAAGAAACGGGGCUAUUUUCCUAUGUUGUGAUGCGUAUUUUCAUGCUAACACUCCCAUUCGUUUUGUCCUUCACGUUGCCACCAUCCAAAAUAAGCAGUUUCUAAGUGCAAUGCCUAACAGUAGCGGUUUUGAGUUUGUAAAAUUAGUCAUUGCAGAAAUUGAACACUUGGUAAUAACAAUUAUCUUGACAUUAGAAAUAUGAAUAUAAUGUUGACAAUUUUUUUAAUUUUUGCUUUCUUAAGGUAUGUCCAAAAAUAGAAAAUGGGAGGAGAAAUAAAUAUGUUGUAAUAUUUACAUAGA